AAAAGUGCAAACAUAUCCCGGCCACCGCCGUCGGCUCGGUUCCUUCUCUUCCACACCACACCGCACUACUAAACCCUACCGGUUCCCACCGCCGCCGGCUCGGCUCCUUGUCCUGCACACCACACCGCCCAAAAAACCCCAAACCCAUCGAUCCCCCAUCAUCGAGCCCCGGCAGUCGGCUUGCCUGCCAUGGCCUCGCUGCCGCCGGCGCCAUCGAGCGCCACCCAUCGGCGCCGCUCCCAACCGCCCUCAUCACCGCCGGCCUCCUCGGUGGGAUCCUCGGCCGCAUUCCCACCCCCCAAAAGGCGCCGGUCCGAGCCUCCGCCUCCCUUGCUCGGGUUGGCCUGCUACGACGGCUUCUACCCCGCCAUGGAGCCCCACCCUUCCGCCAAGCACGCCAUCGCCCUCGCUCGCAAGGCCGAUUUCGAGUACUAUUUCGUGCCGCCGGUGCCGAAGGAGGAAGCCUGGGGCUGGUUCCCGCUGGACGCCCGCGACGGCCGUGUCCUCGUCCAGUCCAAGUACUUCCCCGACGACUUCCACCGCCCUCGCUUCAUGAACUACGCCGUGUGCGAUCCCCUGUUCAAGCGAUAUGUGCUGCUCCCACCUAUACCUGACGACCUCACCGUCAAUGAGGGGAGCCUUCUCAAUUUUGGGCUCUGCCUUGCUCCCUCCCAGGAGGAUGAGGUGGAUACAUCAUUCAGGGUGAUAUGCGUGGCGGGGUACGAAACCAAGCUGGUCGUGUUCGUGUUCUAUUCUGUGACUAGGAAAUGGGGAAUCGCUACAUCUUCAAACUGGAGCUUUUUGGGCACAGAAAGGCCUCCUAAGUUCUAUGGCCUGGGCAGCUUCGACUAUGUUGAUGGCUGCUUCUACUGGACGGUGCCUUUGGCGGACAAAAUUCUCGUGCUUGAUGCCCUCAAGAUGGAGUUAUCUGUUAUCAACUAUGCUCAUCGUGUGGAGGAUGGCUUUCGGGCUUGCAUUGCAGUUGAUAGAGAAGGAAUCCCUGGGAUGGUCACUGUUGGCGAGUACUUGGGGAAUGGGAAGUUUCGCUUCUCUCGCAUUGCGAAACAGAGUGACAAUGGAUCUCCCAAUGAACGCCUGUCGGAGAAUAUUAUACAGUUGCCUGACUACAAUAAUGAGUACUUCACUUUAGGUGCAGCUGAGGGAUUUAUUUUCCUUCGAGGCGUUCCAGAAGAUGAGGAAGUAGAAGACUAUUCAUCAGAGGAUCUUUACAUGGAACCUGAAGACGUAGAAUAUUAUUCGCUGAAUGUCAAGACUGCUGAAUUUAAGAUGGUCUGCGCGAUGCCCAUGGACAAGUGUUACAAUAGUGUUUGCCCAUACUUCGGCUUUUCUCCACCAUCGGCAAAACCAUGUGUUUGAAGUGGGAUGCAGCUUCGCUUUUGAGCCCAUAAUCGUGCCAUGCAUCUGUAUUGGUGAGGGGAAGUGCAGGAGGUUCAAAAUGGCGCUUCAAGUUCACUGGAUGUUCUCGAGCCUUGGGUUAGUAGUUAUCAGAAAGUAGUAAUGUAGUUUAAUAUGCUAAGUUAUUGUAAGCAAGAUAGGUUGCUAGCAACCUGACUUUCGUGGACAGUAAAAUGUAAGUUCUAUGCAACUGAUGUUCUGUGCUUGGCUUCAGUGUUCAAUGCCACCUAUGAGAUGGGAAUGUGCUGGACUAUUCGAAUGGAGUGUAUCGUAGGCACCAUUGACCCAUUGUGUACGCCAUGAACAUGAAGUAUGGAAUGAGUGUAGUAGGGUUUGCUUUUC